AUGAGCGCCAUUGACCGGAAACUGUGUCAUUCUAGCCAGAGCAAGAUGUGGUCAAAGUUCUGUCAAUCUCUCACCUGCUACGCCAACGGCGAUGCCGAGCCGCCAGCGGGCUGUCUCCUGACCUCUGACCCUUGCUUUUCGCACUGCAACAAUGCAACACUACAGGCACUACGGACGUGCUAUGCGUGGCGAAGUAAUAUGGAUCCCUGA